AAACAUUUAGCGUUAGGCCAUAUUAUUGCAAUUGCAACAAAUCAGUUAAGGACUCUUCUACGAUGAGGCGUGGAAAUGAGCGUCGUGGACAGAAGCGACGACCGCGACCAGAAACGCAAACAUGACACAAUCUUGCGAGCCGGCGCAACGCGUAUAAGUACUCGGAGCCAUCGGGCAGAAAGGCAUCAAGUUGCAAGCUGCCUCACGCAAGGAACGCACCUGGAAGCCACUACACUGAUGAUGAUGAAGUUUACCCUUCUGGCGGUGGUGCUCGUUGUGUGUGUCGCGGCGGUGCGGUCUACGGCUCAGCUCGACCCAGUGGAUGUCGAGAAUCCAGUGGGGUGCCGGCUGCACAAGAGGUCCGCCUCGGACGGCUACACCGCCUUGCUGCGCCCCGUUAGGGCCGCCCCUUCCGGUGCCGGCUGCCGAGCGGUCGAUCACGCCAACUGCGCCAAGGAGUGUCUGAAGCUGGACUACAAGGCAGGCAACUGCUGCUGCGGCUGUGACGCGAUGCUCCUGUGCUGGUGCCAUGGCUGAACCGACCGCAAGGGGACUUAACUUAAAAUUUCAGUUCACAAAUUUUUGAACUCCACAUGAAUUUAGAAAGAAUUUCUGUGAAUUACAGCCAAAUUUCCUUGAAUUUCAGCGUAAACUACUGGUUUUUGAAAAUUUUGUAUGAGAUUUGAGUAAAUUUCAGCAACUUUGAAGACAUUUGAUUAUAAUGUAAGGUUGUCCAUGAACGCCGGUGUUUUAAGUUUUGUAGUUGGUUCCCCUUGACCGACCGCGAGAAACGGUGCAACAUGUCGUAGUAUUGUUGAUGGAAUAAAAUUUUUGACCCAGAAA